AUGCAUGCCGUUAUGGCGCAUUGAAACUAAGAUUGCAAAAAAAAAAAAAAAACUUUUGCAAGGCCUCGAUGAAAGAGAGAGAGAGAGAGAGAGAGAGAGAGAGAGAGGAGAAGAGAGAGAGAGAGAGAGAGAGAGAGAGAGAGAGAGAGAGAGAGAGAGAGAGAGAGAGAGAGAGAGAGAGAGAAGAGAGAGAGAGAGAGAGAGUGACGAAGGCUCGAGCGCUGAAGGGAGAAGGCAUGAAUAUCAGCCAUGCCCCUUUUGCAAUUGAACAUGAGCCACUCUCCUGCCAACUGAA